CAGAGCCAGCCGAGUCUAGCCUGAGUUUGCCUGUCUAUACCAUACCAGACCUGGAUUGAGCGCGCUAUCGACUAGGCCUAGCUAUACCUACUAUACCUCUUACCAACAUGCAUAUCCUGGUCGUGAACGACGACGGGCCGCCGUCGCGCCGCCUCUCUCCAUACAUCCAACCGCUAGUGUCGACGCUCGAAGCAGCGGGCCACCUCGUCUCCGUCGCCAUCCCCGCCGCCUCUCGCUCAUGGAUCGGCAAGGCGCAUCUGAUUGAAGCCUCACUGAAAGCCAUCUACGUGCCGCCGCAAGCGUUCUACAACGACGGCACCUGGAACGAGAGCUACACCCCGGACGACAAGACCACCGCCAAUGACACCCCCAACGGCACGACGCACACGAACUCCCAGGGCGACAACGAAUGGGUCGUGAUCACGAACGGCACACCGGCCAGCUGCGUGCAGCUGGGGCUCUUCAACCUGUUCCCGGACCGCCCGCCAGUUGACCUAGUGAUCUCGGGGCCCAACCACGGGCGCAACGCGUCGACGAUCUAUAACCUCUCGUCCGGCACGGUGGGCGGCGCCCUGGAGGCGGCCACCUGCGGCAAGCGCGGCAUCGCCAUCUCGUUCGGCAGCAAGGAGGAGCAGCCGGCCGCGAUUAUCGCCGCCGCGGCCCGCCUCGCCGUCCGCGUCGUCAACCACCUGCUCGCCCACUGGGACCCCCGCGUCGAGCUGUACAACAUCAACGUUCCCAUGCGCGACGACGUCGAGUCCCGCCCCAUCCUGUGGACCCGCACCCUCCCCUAUUACUGGGCCAAGGGCUACCUCUACGCCGAGGCCGACACCCCGCAACACGAACUCAACGGCGCGGACGCUUCAACGACAACCCUCAAACAGAAGGACUUUAAAUGGGGCGCCCAGCUGCUGGAUAUGAAGAAGGCGCUGCAGGCUAGUGAGGAGGGCACCGAUGCGCAUACCGUGUUGAAUGGGUGUACCAGUGUCACGGCCCUUCGCGCGAACUUCUGGCAUGUGCCCGGUCUGGAGGGUGCUCUGGAGUUGGAUGCGUGAGACCCAUCUAUUCGGGGAAUUCAGGGAAGUGGAGGAAUGGCACCACAAAGAAUUGAAAGAGGAACAUACGGAUGGAACAGCAUGGGACGGAGUCCCCUUUUUUCGAUAUUAGAUACCCGCAACGGUUCUUGAUUUUUUUUUUUUGGUUUGGUUUGGUUUGAUUUGCCGCGCUGGCAUUAUUAGAUCUUAUACUGGGAGAGAACUGGGAAAGAAGAAAUGUCUUGGAAGAUUUAUGAUGGCAUGAGAGGAUCUGUUUGGAUGCAAUUGCUGGAUGAGGACACACACAUAAAGAAGAUA